GUCAACAACGUAUUUGCAGCGGAUGACGCUACUCAUGGACCUACCCUGGGUUGUGACUGCCUUCAGAAGUCUGUCUUUAUAGAGGACACAGAGGUUCAUCUCUUCCUCUACGACACCGCGGGACAAGAGCGCUUUGCGGAUAUGGCGGCCAGCUACUACCGCGUGGCAGAGGUUUGCCUUCUUUGCUUUGACAUGUCCGACGUUUCGACCUUUGAUCGGACACAGUUCUGGAUGAAGAGGGUCACGGAACACAACCCAAAGUGCCUCUUCAUCCUCGUAGGGACCAAGGAGGACCUCCUCACAGAGGAGCAGUCAUCCAAAAUUGAUCCAAUCUCGCACUGGGCUGAAGAGGCUGGAAUCCCCUUCUUCCCGACCAGUGCGCUGAAGGGCGGAGAGCACAUCAGGUUUCUCUUCCACACGGUGGCGGAAAAGUGCAUUCGGUUAAAGCUCAAGUACGAGGGCCAGACGAAGGAAGGAGCCGGAGGUGUGAAGCUUCAGAGCUCAAUCGGCCAGCCAAAGGCGUGA